AUGGAGACCCUUAACAAUGAUGUGGUACUUCAGAAAUUUCAACUGGUAACAAGUAAAAGUUCUGUCCCAGAUCUGAGUUCAAAUUCAGAGCAGGAGCAGGAGCAGCAGUGCCCACCUGAAUCCAACCAGGAGACCCCCGAUGUGGGAGGAAGAGCCUCAGUGCUGGACUCCAUUGAGUUUCGCAUGCAGCAGCUUUACAGCAGACGUGCCCUUCUCCUGACACUAAAACGCUGCAUCAAGAAAGAAAAACAAAACAGUGAUGGGACCACGGAAGAAAAAGAUGGCGAAGAACAAUGCGAGCUGGAGACUAUUCAGCGAGAGCUGGAGGAGCUGGAGGUGAAAAAAAAGGAGUUGGAGAAGAAUGGAGGGUCCUUCAAACCCAAAGCAAAAACAGGUCAGCAGGAUAAACUUGCCUCUUACAAAGAAACCCCCCACGGAGGGAUCUACAUGCUGCCUCCUUUCCAGCCGGACCAGAGAGAUGUCGUCAUAACAGCAACAGCAACACAGACCAUCGUUGCAGUGGAGGAUCUGGGUCAGACGCAAGAGGCCACAAAAUGUCCCAGCUGUGAGGCUGUCGUCAUGACGGAAACCCACAGCCGUGUGGGGGAGGCAGCCUGGAUAAUAUGCGUCCUGAGCUUUCUGAUAGGCUGUGUUGCAGGCUGCUGUUUGAUCCCCUUCUAUAUGAAGCGCUUCAGGAACAUCAGCCACAGGUGUCCCAUGUGUCAAGCACACAUUCACACCCACCGGCCAUUCUGACACAAUCCGUUUGGAGGGAUU